ACUGAAUGAUGAUUGUUAAAAGUGUUUUGCUUUUAUAUUAAUUUAUUAAGAAAUAAAGGUGAUUUAUAAAAAAUAUAAAUAUAAAACAAUACGUAAGAUUUGUUUAAAACAACAUGAAUUCUGUACAAAGUACUGGUUCAACUGUACGAAAAAAGGAUACAAUAUCAGAACAAGAGUUGACUAUUGCAUCUGUUGAGAAGCGAAAUUGGCGUGGAAUAUUUAUUGCAUUGCUUGUAAUUGCUGGUGUUUUAGGCCUUAUAGUAUUCUCCAUAUUUUUGCUUUCUCCAGAUUUAGAAGGAGUCAAAACAUUUGGAAGAAAAUUUAUUUUAUCAGAAAUCAGUGAUGAUACAUUUGUAAGAAGAAAUGUAAACAAUGGAACUUGGAUAAGUGACACUGAAAUUGUUUUUCGUGAUGCAUACGGUGGCUUAUCGAUAUUAAACAUGAAGAACAAAUCUAUCACAGAGCUUAUGAAUAACGCAACAUUUAGACAACUAGAUGUCAACCAUUACAUAUUGUCUCCGGAUAAAAAUUUUGUUCUUCUCUUUAGAAAAAAUGAUGAAAAAUCCGUGUUGCCAAUGGCACAAACUAACGUAGAUUACCAAAAUUUCUAUAAACAAGAAACUAGCUAUUAUGUGUAUGAAACAGCAUCACAAAGUUACUUUUUACUUGCUACAACAAGCGACGAAAAGGCUUCUCCAAUGUUACAAAAUGUAUUAUGGUCACCAAUUGUAUCUCAAUUUUCAACCAAAGAUUCUAAUGAUGAUACAAAUAGAUCCUUUAGUAAUAGUCUUGGUAUGAGAGAACAAGCCAUUGCUUUUGUGUUUAAAAAUGAUGUUUAUUACAAGCCUAAAGUACAAGACAGUGUUUGUAAUAGAAUAACAAAAAAUGGAUUCCACUCAAAAAUACUUAAUGGAAUACCAGAUUGGUUAUACUCAAAUGAAAAAGAUUUACGUGGCAAAACAUUGGCAUUUUCGCCAAAUGGAAAAUAUUUGUCGUACUUAUCAUUUAAUAUAACGCAUGUAAAAUCAUACAGUUUUACUGCCAACUAUGAUGACACGAUGAAGUAUCCAACACUUGAAUCUAUAAAAUAUCCAAAACCUAAUACACCCAAUCCUGUUGUCUCAAUACAUGUUAUAGAUGUCCGUGCAAAUCCUGUUUCAUAUCCAAAAACAAUGUAUAUUCCUUUUGAAUAUUCGUCAGAAUUUUAUGUUGGUGGAAUGACUUGGGUUUCAGAUUAUGAGCUCACAGUAACUUUGACGGAUCGUAAUCAAACAAGAUCAAUCAUUUACAUCUGCAAGGCACCUCUAUUUUAUUGUAACGAGGUGUUCACAGAAAAUAUGUCAGAUAAUUUUUCAGUUCUACCAUCUGAAACACCAGUUUUUUUACAUAAAAAUUUUACAAUAAAUAACAAUUUGCACAAAACAAAUUGGAUCGAACAGACAUAUUUGUUAAAACGUCUGCUCGUACGUGUCGAUGUUAACGAGUUUUAUAGACACGUUUUUUUAAUUCCUGUAUUAUCUUCAUCAAAUAUAAAAAGUAAAAAACAGCGAUACCAAAUUACUUUGGGAAAAUAUGAAGUGACCGAAAUAGUUGAUUAUGAUGUAAAAAAUGAAAUAGUCUAUUAUAUGGCAACAAAAGAAUCUCGUCCAGGAUACCGUCAUUUAUAUAGUGUAAAAAUUAUUUUUAAUAUUACUAUUGAAAAUAAUAUUUUGGUAUCUGCUACACAACCAUCAUGUCUUACAUGUUUUUAUAAUGCUCAUUCACCGGGCUUUAAACUAAACAACUACAGAAAAAAAAAUAAUAUGAAGAAUGAUAUAUUUGAAAUAGAAACAGUGAAAAAUAACUAUACUGAAACUACGCUGCCAACUGGUAAAUUGGAAACCCAAGAACAUGUUUCAGCAGGUUGUUUAUACAACAGAGUUCAGCUAAGCACUCACUUCACUUACUUCAUACAAGAAUGUUUGGGUCCAAAUAUACCAACCACUUUUGUAGUGGAUACCAUAAAAAAAGAACGAUUGUUUACUUUAGACGAUGGAAAGUAUUUACAAAAUAAACUUAGUCCAAUAGCGGUACCCAACAUUAAAAAGUUUAGCGUUGUGAUAAAAAACGGAUUUGAAGCACAAGUUAAACUUUACUUGCCACCAAUGUUGAAAGAAGACGAAGAUUUAGCGUAUCCAUUAAUUGUUCGAAUCGAUGCAUCACCAGACUCACAAUUGGUCUCAGAAGAAUUCGUGGUUGACUGGAACUGGUACUUAGCUAGCUCUAAAGGAAUAAUUUGUGCCGAAAUAGAUGCAAGAGGAAGCGGUUUUCAAGGCCAACCAAUACGGUCUCAAAUAAAAGAUAGAUUAGGAACUUUUGAAAUUGAAGAUCAACUCGCUGUAAUAACAUAUCUGAGUGACACUUUUCAAUUCAUUGAUCAAAAUAAAAUUGGAGCUUAUGGCUGGGGAUACGGUGGUUAUACAGCUUUGAAUGCUUUGGCGGAAGACAAUUCUAAAGUACUGCAAUGUGCUAUUGCUAUUGCACCAAUCAUAUCAUUUAAGUUUUAUUACUCUUAUUUUACUGAACGAUAUAUUCCAUUUGAUAGUAAUUUUAAUCAUGCUUUGCGUGAAUCUGACCUUGCAUUGAAAGUAUCAAAAUUGGAAAACAAGGAAUUUCUGAUUAUUCAAGGAACAGCAGAUCAAUUAGUUCAUCAACAACACUCAUUAUGGUUUGCAAAGUCACUUAUACAAGCUGGUGUAACAUUUCGACAGCAGACAUAUGCUGAUGAAGGACACGAGCUAAGUAGAGUUAGAUAUCAUCUGUUUAAAACAAUGGAAGCAUAUUUUGAUGAGCAUUUUGAUAUUGUUGAAGACAGCGAACGUCAACUAAAGGGUAUUUUUGGCUUUAGAAAAUGAAUAUUUUAAUACUUAGAUAACUGAAAAAAUAUAUCUAUAAAUUGUUUUUCUCUGCUGCUUACACUUUUAAACAUAAGUAAGCUUUAACGAAAAUCUUCAUUAAAUUAAAUAUAGUAAUAAAAUCUCUUGAUCCAGCUUAUGAUAAAUUUUAAUAGAAAGUUAAAUGGUUAUACCUAACUAUUCAUAAUAACAUGUGUUUAAAUAAAAAUCGUUCGAUACUCAAAUAAAAAUAAUCAAGUUACUUAAUGGUUUUCUACUACUCUACCACUACUCUAACUGAAACUUAGUUUUAGCUGAUAUUCAAAAUUGAUUUUGUUAAAAAUGUUGU